GCCUACUGACACUUCCGCCACGAUUGAGGUUCCCUGUGUCGCCACUAGUGUGUUGUUAUUUGGGCCGACAAAAUCUGGCCGUGUUAUCGUAAUUUGAGUCAAUCCCAACUCCCAUGGCAGUAUUUAUUUUCUCCUUUAGUAAUCCCACCACUUGUUAAAAAUUCCGCCCAAAAGGAAAAAGCGUUCUGUCCCCUCUUUUGGGUUUCCGACGAACGUGUAUAAUAACUAUCCGGAGGAUCUAGGGGCGGCUCUGUACCGGGAGCCAUUUGACUUCAACGCCGAGCCACCUUGGGAUCCUAGCUGAUAGUGGAAGAGUUCGCCCAAGGACUCAUCCAUUUUGUUGCAUAAGCCUAGGACCCAGGGGCUCCAGAGAGAGACAUCACUUCAGACUAGCCAUAUUUUUUUAUGCCUGUUGGACACAGAACACGGUUGAGAGGAUGAAAGGAAUCUCAGACGAACCACAUUUUUCAGUGGGCCUUCUGGAAGGUGGCACGUUGCUCUGUGAUGUGAUUGACAAUCACAUCUAUGAACAAACCUUGUCUGAGAAGAAAGCAUUCUUUGUUGCAGACCUAGGAGUUAUAAUGAGACAGCAUGUUCGCUGGCGAACACACAUGGCCCAAAUUCGUCCUUUCUAUCCUGUCAGGUGCAACAGCAGCCAAGGUGUUAUUGAAGUACUGGCUGCUCUUGGUACUGGAUUCAUAUGUCACAACAAGUUUGAACUUGAGCUGGUGCAGAGCCACGGAAUUCCAUCAGAAGAUAUCAUCUACAGUGGCGUUUGCAAACAGGUUUCCCAAAUCAAGUAUGCUGCAAAGAAUGGCAUUGACCUCCUGGUUUGUGAUAAUGAAGCAGAGCUGCGCAAGAUUUCACGCUCUCACCCAAAUGCUAAGCUGCUGCUUCAGAUGUCAACAGAAGCAUCCAGGCAGGACAAUGAAUUGAGCAUGUCAUUUGGCUGUUCCCUCAAAGACUGUCGACAUCUGCUCGAGAGUGCAAAGGAGCUGGGUGUGCAGGUGGUGGGAGUUAGAUUCCUGAUUUCACAUGACUGCAAGGAUGAGCAUGUGUACACCAAUACUAUCUCUGACGCUCGCUGUGUUUUUGAUAUGGCGGAAGAAAUUGGUUACAAACUGAAAAUUUUAGACAUUGGAGGUGGCUUUGGCUCAGAUACCCAGUUGGAACGGAUCAAUCAUGCAGUCAUGUCUAUGGUGGACCAAUACUUCCCCCCUCUUAGUGGAGUCAGCAUCAUUGCGGAGCCAGGCACCUAUUUUGUGUCCUCCGCUUUAACCCUGGCUGUCAACAUCAUCUCGAAAGAAGUGGCGCUGCGUGACUGCCAAGAUCGAGCACAUGCAGAUGAUCUAUCCCCUGGAGAUGAGCCAAAGUUCCAGUACUACAUGAAUGAAGGGGUCUAUGGAUCCUUUGCCUGUAAACUUACUGAAAUGGUGAUCACUGCUCCAACUGUUCAGAUGAGCACUUGUUCCAAAGGUCCAGUGUUCAGCAGCAGCCUGUGGGGCCCCUCUGGUGAUGACCUCGACCUGGUCAUGGAGAACUGUCUGCUGCCUGAGCUCAACAUCGGAGAUUGGCUCACGUUCAGUCACGCAGGAGCCUAUUCUGUCGGCCAGCCUUUUUGCACCUCUGAUUCAUCCACACCACCUGUAUUCUACUUUGUCUCCUCUAGGGACUGGUAUGAGAUGCAAGAUUCGGGUAUCACCCAAGAGGCACCACUGAAGAAUUUGUCAUUGGUCCCCUAUUUCCUCAAUGCCUGCCUAACAGAUGCGGCACUUUCCAUCCCAGCUUAGCUGUAACCAGAGCGCCACUGGUUUCUGUAACUCAUUAGUGUUCCAGGCUGUAUUUGUUAGGACAGAAAGAGCUACUAAACAAAAUGGAUGACUCCUUGAGCAUAGACUAGUGUUUGCACUAAUAAUAGUAAUUUUAAAAUAUAAUAUAAAGUAAUUGUCUUCAUCGCCAGUCUUGUAGGAUGUGUAUCUCUUGAACAAUGUAUUUAAACUGUCUAAAGCGGUUUUUAAGAUCUUGUAUUUAAUUGGUUGUAUAGUAUAUUUUGUGUAAAGAGAGUUUGCACACUGCAUUUAAAGGGAGUGUUUUGGUGUUUAAACUUUGUACAUGACAGUGGAGUCCCAUGUUGAGUGCAGUGCAGUGAGGUGCACGGUGUGCAUAAACACUUGUACUGGUCCGAUUGGAAAGGCAAUGAUGGAAAAUUAAGUCUGCUCUUUGCUGCCUCGCUGACCACUGAAGUUCUGGCAUCUCAUGUGACAGAAAGCAGGUUUAGUAGAAAAGCAUGUACCGCUGAGGGAGCAAAGUAAGUGUGGGUGGCUGAAUCUGCAAAUAUGGUCUAGGUUAUUUAUAAUGCCAGAAACCUCACUUUGUUUUCAUUGUUUUUGCCUAAUUGUUAAAUAUGUAAGAUUAUUCGGUCUAGUUGAAGUGCAUAUUGUCUCCUUGUUUGAAGUGUGUAGUUGUAGCCAUGCUUGUCAAAAUGAAUAAAAUUGUGGUCAAAUCAAUCA